UAAUUGGUCUUCUCACUAACAUUUCGAUUUGUAGACAAAGCAGUACUAAUAAUAAUAAUAAUACAUAAUAUGGUUCGACUGGAUAGCCAAGGAAGCCUUAUUUGCGCUGGAAUAGUUUCUAUUCUAGUGGUCAUUGCCUACAAUUGUGUAAAUUCCACAUUCUUCUACAAUGUUUAUGAUCUUGGCACUCAUAUAAGUAUUCUUCAAACACUUUCUAGCAUUUUCCUUAUAGUGGGUGCCAUUAAAAGAAAGUACAAAUUGUAUGUUCCAUGGAUGAUAACCACCGUAUUUUUCAUAUAUUCUCUGGUUCUAUUGGCCUUCGACAAUAUUAGGGAUUUACCCGAUUUUGGUGCUUUUGUAAUUAUCAUAUUGUCUUUUGUUCUUAAUGGUUACUUCUGUUUUGCUUUGUAUGGUGCUCAAAAUGCAUUCGAUCAAGAACGCAAAGCGGAACCACCGUCAUAUAAUUCAUUGCAUGAUAAAUCCAAUUUUACUAAUCAUAUUUAGUGAUUGAUUAAAUUCAAUUGCCUAAAUCAUAUAAACAGAAUUGGAAAAUUAUAAAUACAUAUUUAAGUUUAAUGAUUAAAACACUUAUUAAAAAAGUA